AUGGGAGCAAUGUUAGUUGUUAGAGUGCUUCGUGUUCUGAAAAUGGCUCGAGUGUCUCAAGUGCGCUAUCGGGAUUAUAAGCAGUGUAGUCUGCAUGACAUUUGGGCAAACGCUCAAAUCGUCGAUUACCGAGUUGAGCAUGUUGAGUAUGUUUCUACUCACGGGUAUUGUAUUCUUCUCCACUAUUAUGUACUAUUUGGAAAAGGACGAACCUCACUCAGACUUCUAUUCAAUACCAGCUGCUUGCUGGUGGUGUGUACAUUCGGGCAAACGCUCAAAUCGUCGAUUACCGAGUUGAGCAUGUUGAGUAUGUUUCUACUCACGGGUAUUGUAUUCUUCUCCACUAUUAUGUACUAUUUGGAAAAGGACGAACCUCACUCAGACUUCUAUUCAAUACCAGCUGCUUGCUGGUGGUGUGUUGUUACAAUGGCAACUGUCGGUUAUGGAGAUGCUAAACCCGUCACUGUGUUUGGCAAACUGGUAGCGACAGCAACAUCCAUAUGUGGCAUCAUUGUGUUGGCAUUCCCAAUAUCGAUGAUCGUUGAAAAAUUUGCUACAGCGCAGCAAAGAGCCAUCGAAGACGAGCAGCUGAAUCAAGCACAAGUCACGGCUGCUGCGAACAACUACCUCUUACGAAGGUUCCCGACGCGACGGAAGGUACGACGUGAACGUGUCAAUGGUACAGUGGCUGCUAGUCCCCUGAUCAGCACAGUUGCUUAG